CUCUAGGAUGCAUACCAUAUAGUCUGCUAUAGGGGCACGACGAAUGUGCUUGAAUGGAAUGAUGUCAUCUUGCCCUUUCUAAAAGGGCAAGAUUGGAUUCGAUUAGGCAUUUUAAUGGAAUCAAGAUCGUCGCCAACCCAUCACAGCAUUGGUAGAGAGAUGGCGAAAGGAGACACACUGCUUCAAUUUUCGUGAAGGUGAGUGCACCAUCACACUUAAGGACAUCGCCAUCCUAACCGAUUUGCCCAUCGAUGGUGAUGUUGUUUGUGUGGACUCUACGCCACCACCUAAAGUUGUUGCCAAUAUGAGUGGUUGGCAGCAUUUUAUAUGGACGGUCACCGGGUUGUGUCUGCCAGAAAAGGAAUAUCACGAUGCGGAUGGUCAUCCAUCAUUGUCCAAGGGCCAAGAUUCCAUCACGUGGUCGACAACGGAGAUCAGGCGUAAGCACAACCCUGAGUUUGGAGGCAUUCCCCUCACGGAGGAAAGUUCGGAGCGUGAUAAAGACAUUUAUCCACGUAUCUACAUCCUCGGCAUGAUCGGAGGAGUUUUCUUGCCCAAGAAAUCCAACAACCUAAUCAGCAAUUCAUGGUUGAAGAUCAUACUUGGGAGUUGGGAUGAUAUGGGAAACUUGAGCUGGGCAUCUGCUUGCCUAGCUCAUCUCUACCGAUCCCUCUGUAAUGCUAGUGCGAGAGCGGUGAAGGAGAUUGAUGUGGCCAUGUUCAUCGUCCAAUUUUGGGCUUGGGAGCAUUUGUCAUGAAUUGCACCGAAGGUAGACCCCGACAAGGAAUGGGGUCCCGACCAUCCCCUACGACAUGAAGUUUAUGGUUGUAGGUAAAUGUUUUCUAUCCCACUCAUAGUUCUCACCUUUUUUUUACUAAUUGGUAAUUUUAUAACGAACCGGCUAUUAUGUAUUAACACCCCAUACUUUUUGGAUUGAAUAGGUGGCUUGGUGAAAAAACAUUCGACAACCUAGGAGCACAUAAGUUGGAGGAGUAUCGUAGGAGGCUUUAUCGCCUUUGGGAAGCAGAGGUGAGCAUCAUAAUACGCUAUUAAUUCCUACUUUUUUCAACUUAUAUUAUUAUGUUGAUUAAUGGUCUAUUUUUUAAGCACCUUCGUAGCUUAAGUUCGAUCCGUAUUGAUAGGGCAAAAGCGUAUAUGCCAAUUUCCUAUCUCGUAGUAAACCGGAAAGUCCGGG